CCCGCCCCCCGUCCCCUGGCCUUGUGUUGCAGAUGGAGCCGGUGCCCAAAGCGGUGCUGGGGGCGGCGCUGGCCAAGCCCCGGCGUCCGGUCAUCGCCUGCAGCGUCUGCCAGAUCCGCUUCAAUUCCGAGAGCCAGGCAGCGGCACACUACCAGGGGAACCGGCACGCGCGGCGCCUCAAGGGGCUGGAGGCCGCCCGGGCUCGUCGCGGGGGGGACGCAGGGGACAGCCAGGACCCCCCAGCGCCCACCCCCGCCCCGACGGGGGAGACGCCGGACCGCAAAGGCGAGCAGCCCCCAACGCCCGCGGCUCCCAGCGCCCCCGGGCCCCCCUCCCCCCCCGAUCCCCCCCCGGCUGUGGCCACAGAGACGCCGGGGGGAACACGGGGGGGAGCUGGGGGGGCAGCGGAGGGGGAGGAGGAGGAGGAGAAGGCGAAGGCCAAGCGGCUGCUUUACUGUGCCCUCUGCAAGGUGGCUGUCAACUCCCUGUCCCAGCUCGAGGCGCACAACAAAGGGACGAAGCACAAGACGCUGGUGGAGGCGCGCAGCGGGCUGGGACCCAUCCGCGCCUUCCCACGCCUCGGGGGUGGCACAGGGACCCCCCCGGACGAAGCCCCCGAGCGUUCCUUCCACUGCCAGAUCUGCAACGUCCGCCUAAACUCCGAGCUCCAGCUCAAGCAGCACAUCUCCAGCCGGCGGCACCGGGAUGGGGUGGCUGGAAAACCCAACCCACUGCUGAGCCGCCACAAGAAGCCCCGGACCCCCCCAGAGCUGGUGAGCGGGAUGGGGGCAGAUCUGGGACGUGCUAUGGGGCAGGGGCAUCUAUAGGGCAUCCUGGAAGCGUGUUACGGGGCAGGGGAGCGUCUGGGGAUACCCAGAGUGUGUCUGGGAGGUACAUGAUGGGAUGGGGAAGCACCUGGGGGAGUCUGUAGGGUGCCCCGUUGUAUUUUAGGGGGUAUCUGAUGGGGCUGGGGGGGGGUGGGGAUACCUAGAGGGUGUCUGGAGGUGCCCUGUGGGGCAGAGGGGUGCCCAGGACUUAAUAUGGGGUGAUUAGAGGCCUGU